AUGGCGGUGGGGCACGCGGUGCAGUCGCUGGCUCGCAUCAUCCGCGGCGCGAAAGGCAGCUUCAUUUCACCGAAGAUUCAGGUAAAGCACUACCCAUCCAUGGGACUUGGUAUUGAAGCCAUCGAGCCGAUCGACAGUGGCGAAGUUGUAUUUGUCGCGUCGUCGGAGGUAUGGCGCGAAUACUCUGCGGCCGCUGCACGAUCGGAAGCUCGACAACAAGCUCCAGCGUUCGUGGACCGAGUGGACAGUUAUUGCGGCAACAAUCAACGAAUGGCGGAUGCUGUCUUGCUUGCCACGCAUAUCGUGAUGGGCGAUGCGUCCGACGUAUACUUGAACUCCCUGCCACCUGUGCUGGACGUGCCAAUGUACUGGUCCGAACGCCGUUUGGAUGAGCUCCGGCACUGUGAAGUCCGCGACACGAUUAUCAACGCACGGCAAGUUUACCGCACCAUGCACAUCGACCUCUUUGGCACGAUGUCUCCGAUCGUGAGCAGCAUCAAGUUUCAGUGGGCGCUGUCGGUGCUCAUGUCCCGCGCAACCUCAGGCAAUGCCCAGCCGUUCACACUCAUCCCAUACUUCGAGUGGUUCAACCAUUCCCACCUCCCGUCGGCCUGCGAGCACUCUUACGUGGAGAGGGAUGACUCGUUUGUGAUUCGCACUACGACCCCGCAUGCUGCCAAGGACCAGCUCUUCAUCAAUUACGGAGACCACACUCCUGCUACAUACUUACGGCAUUACGGCAUGUGCUUUGCAUCAAUUGAACACUCACGCGUGCUGGACCCUGUCUCGAUGCACGAGCACGUGUCCUUUCUCGACCUUCCAGACUCGGAUGACUCCAAACCAAUCAAACUACAAUUGCUCCGUGCGUUGGGGUGGCCUCUCGAAAAGGCGAGGCCCUUCACGAUCCACAUGACGGCGCCGGGGACCAGAAAUCAGCUCGACUGGGACUGGCUUCGGCUGUACGUCGCCACAAGCGAUGAAUUGCGCCACCGAGAAUGCCAUCCAACGUCCGUACCUUGGCUGGACUCGAAUACCCAUCGCGUGCAGGCCCUUGUGAAAGAUAUGUGCGAAAGGCGACUCGCGAAAUAUCCUUCCACUGCCGAGGACGACUAUGAUCUGCUGCGACACCAUAAAACCACAUUGGAGCCAUGGCACGAGGCUUGUGUGAAUGUACGGUUAGGCGAGAAGCUCGUCCUCCGCGGCUUCUUGGACCAACUACUGGCAUGA